GCUCGUUCGUUCCACCAAAACUGUCGUCCAUCGAAAACUUUAAUGUAUACAUAACUUAAUGCACUUUGGGGAAUUUAUUCCGCCACUCCCACGUAUUUUAUUAAUAUAUUAUUAUAUUAUUAACUUUUUUGGACGGAAGGAUGCAGCUAUCAUCGACUACCUUUUCUUUUGAUUCGAUUUCAGUAAAAGAUCCGCAUUGCGCUAGAAUCGGCUAAGAACUUAAAUUUUCGACCUCACAUUACUAUUGGAUGAGCAAAUAUAUUCUCUGGACUCGCAUUUUUCAACUGCUCAAAUUCACGGACUUGCGAAUGAAUUCGCGUCAAUCAUUUGAAUAGAAGAAAUUCAAGUUUAUUUAAUUUCCUUGCAUUCGUUAUCUUUAACUGAAAUGUCGUUUGUUCCUUUACUUCCUAAUCUACAUAUCACUGAUUUUUCUCCAGCGAGUCCAGCGAGUCAAAGUAACUAGUGCUUUAUCUGUAGCCAUUCCUUCCUUCUCUUUGCUUUGAGAUGCGAUUUUUGCAAAUCGAACUUUACUGUGAAUAUAUAAUUUAGUAAAAUUGAAUUGCGUGAAAUUUAUAGUUGCUGCCGCUGGAUAAUUCUAAACAGGGAUGAAACCUUUUAAGCAGAGAAAACAGCUGUUGAUAAAAAAAGCACUAUUUUUGUGGUUAAGAAUGGAUAGAUUGUUCACAACACAUGGCGAUGUUGAUCUACGGACUUCAAGCAAUUGUUACGAAUGGGAGACGGAGCGGGUAAUUGGCCCUAAAUCGAUGGGUACCGGUUAUGCCUGCUUAGUAUUAAAUCGUGAAAUACGUGCACCUCAAAAUGUGGUCAGAGAAUUGUGGCAAAACGCUAACAUUAGAUGUUGCGUUGAUGGAGGCACAAAUCGCUGGCGCCAAUUUGUAAAAAGUUUUAAUGAAAGUGAACCGCCAUUAAGGCCACCAGAAUUUAUAACCGGAGAUUUUGAUUCCAUAACCGAGGAGAGCAGAACAUAUUUUUGUAACGACGUUACAAAGUUUAUUCGUACCCCUGAUCAGAACGCCACCGACUUUACAAAAGCUUUAGACAUUGUUAGACCAUUAUUGUUAGCACAAAAUUACCGAGAUAUUAUUGUAUUCCAUGAUACAUCUGGACGGUUUGAUCAAAUUAUGGGGAAUAUCAAUACGCUAUACAAAGAGCAAAAUGUUAUGCUCAAUCUCUAUUUAUUAAGCGGCAGCUCUUUGACUUGGCUAUUGAGACCUGGAAAACAUUCCAUUAGCGUCCCUCAAGAUUUAGUAAAAAAGCAACGAUGGUGUUCACUGAUACCGAUAAGUGGCGAAAUGACUGUUCACACUAGAGGCCUUAAGUGGAACAUUGAAAAUGAUACCUUGUGUUUUGGCGGCUUAGUAAGCACUUCAAAUACAUACUCAUCUUGCAGAGUGAUCGUAGAAACAAGCGGAACACUAGUUUGGUCAAUGGGAGUAUUUUCCUUUUCGGAUGAUGACUAACGUGCACUAUUGGUGUCAUUAUUCAUUUUAUUGCAUUUGAGAGAGACAGCAAAUAGCAUUUUUCGCUUGUUCACACCUAAAAAAGAAUUUCGAUACGUUGAUAUG